CGCUGAGGCAUGUGGAGCUCAGCACAGCGUCGUGUUUGGUGGUACAUGGGGAGCCAGAUCCUUCUGCCUUCAUCCGUGCAUGUGCCACGGAGCCUAUCCCAGUUCCUGUGCGUUUUCCAUAUGUGUGUGCAGGAGGAACAGAAAAUACUACUGAUCAUCGACAAGGAGAUUAACCCCUUUGUGGACCAGUGGGAAGAAGAAGGACAGUUCCCCGCACAUAAAAUAUUUAAAAUCCUAGGACAGGCUGGAUUCCUUGGUGUGGAUAAGCCAACAGAAUAUGGUGGCAUGGGCUUGGACUUCUCGUAUAACGUUGCAGUGGCAGAAGAACUGGGAUAUAUCCGCUGCGGAGGUAUUCCGAUGGCUAUUGGAGUGCAAGUUGGCAUGACUACGCCCGCUCUAACAAGGUUUGGUUCAGAUGAGUUGAAAAAACAGUUCCUUGUGCCAACUAUAGCUGGAGAUUCUGUGGCUUGUUUGGGAAUCAGUGAAGUUGGAGCUGGAUCAGAUGUUGCAAAUAUCAAGACAACAGCUGUGAGAAAAGGCGAUGAGUACAUCAUAAAUGGUGGUAAGAUGUGGACUACAUCGGGGUGCCAAGCAGACUGGAUGUGUCUUCUGGCAAAUACCAGUAAAGGACCUCCCCAUCAAAAUAAAUCUCUUAUAUGUCUGCCAAUGAAUCUACCUGGCAUUCACGUUGCUAAAAAGAUAGACAAACUGGGCAUGAGGUCAUCGGACACAGCUCAGAUCUUUUUUGAAGACGUAAGAGUCCCCAGCAAAAACCUCAUCGGUGAGGAAGGAAUGGGUUUUACAUAUCAGAUGUUGCAAUUCCAAGAAGAGCGGCUGUGGGGAGUAGCCACUGUCCUGACACCACUGGAAAAUAUAAUACAAGAAACUAUUGACUACACUCGCCAGAGAAAAGCUUUUGAUCAGUCCAUACUGCAUAACCAAGCAGUGCACUUCCGCCUGGCAGAGCUAGCAACAGAGGUGGAACUCCUUCGCUCUCUGCUGUACCGGACUGUUGCUCUCUAUAUAGAAGGCAAUGAUGUGACCAAACUUGCUUCCAUGGCUAAGCUAAAGGCAGGUCGUGUGGCACGUGAGGUGACUGAUAGUUGUCUUCAAUUUUGGGGAGGAAUGGGAUUCACCAGUGAGGUCCUGGUGAGCAGAUUUUACAGAGACUUGAGAUUAAUGUCAAUAGGAGGUGGUACGGAUGAAACCAUGCUUUCUAUCAUAUGCAAAUACAUGAAAACACUUCCAAAAAAGUAGCCCAUCUCUCCUUUCUUGAAAGGACUCAAGAGCAUGGCUUUUACUACAUACCAAAGGUAACAGGGUAAUGCACAUUUCAACAGUAAAAUAAGGAGAAAACUUACCAGUAAUUUUGCCAAUGAAAUGCUCAUCACAGCCUUUGACCAGUAUUACUUGUUUUACAUAGUCUCCAAUAUUAAAUUUGUUGAUGAGAAGCAGUCUGAAAGCGUAUGGUCUACUGCAAGAUUUUUUUCAUUUAGUGAAGUGGUUACUGCUUUGAGCAGUCUAGCACGCUGUACUAAGCACCUAUACUAAGCACCUGUGUUCUUUAGCCAAUGUAUACCGACACUUUAGCGUAUCUAACCCACCAAUUAAACAUACGGCUACAGUUAGAAUUCCCCUAGUACCCUAAACAAAUUUCAGGGUAAAGUUAUCCUAAAUUUACUGAUCUUGAAAGCAAAGUAUUAUGGCACAAAUUAUUCCAAGUCAAAUAUGCGAUCAAUAAUUUUGCUGUCAAUUAACUGUACCUUCCACAGCUUUCACUUUUAGCUAGUAAUCGUCAAAUUGAGUUUCUUCAACAGAGCUGAGUCAAAAUCCCAAGUUUCUCUCUAACACAGUAGCACAGGGAACUGUGAUCUUCAAUUCAUUCACUUUUACUUGUACUAUGCUCUGUCAUUGACAUUUGGUGGUGGGACUGAGAGUUGACUUUUUUGUUUUUAAUGUUUACAAACAACUGUUUAAUUAUAUGUUAAGCUUUUGGAAGCCUGAAUUUCCUCAGUAAGAUUAUUAUGUUUUGUCUGGAAUCAUUAACGAAAAAAUUAAAGCUGAACAUGUUAAUAACAAA